AUGGCAAAUUGAUGUGAUUUAGCUGGUCAACGCAGCUUCAAGAUUCUGCUCGACUUUUGGGCAACAACAAAUUUGGAGCAGCAAAAAGAAAGCAAAGUGCAACAAAGACGAAAUCUUAGACACUAACACAAUCAAAAAUUGGCUUGAUUACUAAACAAUGGGAGAGUCAUCAAUUGUGAGCAUGAGGAGCGGUGGAGGUGAAGCGCGUUUCAUGCCACCCGAAGAGCUGGCGAUGCAAUCGUUAAUCAAACAGCUUUAUAAAUCUCGCCUGUUUCGCGGCUUUUACAUCGGACGCUGUUACGUUGAUCAGGUCGAAGGCUAUCGGGAUGUAAUAGCUCUGCAGCGUAGCGAACGUGAGCUUGAGAAACAAUUGCUUAGCAGUGCAUCGAAACUUCAGCUUUUUUAUCAGCGUUUUGUGCCCAAUAUGUUUGUGGGCAUCACAAAGGGCAAUAUGGGCAGCUAUACCCACACACCGCACCCUUCACAGCUAGACACUUGCAUCUGGACGGAACUGAAUGACUUGGCUUUUGGCGAGUACUGGUUUAGCAUAAAAACGCUUCGAUUUCGGGAUCAAGAAGUGUCCCUCAAACUAAAAAUGGUGCGACCUGUAGAGACGGAGCUCCAACAAACGCGCAGCAUCAGCAUCGCUACCACCACCAAAGAUAUGCGAGCAUCAUCUUCAAAUCUUGCUACAUCACAGCCUAAAGCGGCAGCGGAAGGAACCGAAAACCAGCGUCAGUCAGAAAUAGGUUUGUCGGAUUUUUUGGCUGUGCUACAGCAAUGGGGUGAUGGCAUCAAGCUUACCAUCUACGAUUUUAUGGCCAACGAUGUGAACAAACGUAAUAUUGUGGGUACAAUACGGUUUCUUGGCCUGCUCAUCUUCUCCGCAUUAAGUGGCGCUGUUGUUGCUUUACGAUUUUUAGGCAUUUUUACGUUGCGCUUCCUCUUUGAACUCAGCCGUUUUACACACACCGCAACACCCAUUCUCUUCAAGAUAAUUGAGUUUAUUAACAAGAUUUUCGGUGCGUUCUUCAUAUUGCUAACGAUGAUUUGGAAGGACCUGAUGAUGAAUCGAGGAGGAGGCGGUGGCGCACCACCACAGUCGAAGCAGGCCUUGGAGGCUGGCCAACGGUUUCGGAGUAUAGCCUACGAAUCCUCGGAAGCCACUUAUCGACGCAGUUCCCGUCAUAAAUCAACAAAUUUACUUUAGUGCAAUUUAAAAUGGGCUUUAAAACACUCACUUAAAUUUGGGGUAUUGUUUAAUUAUGGCUUUUGUGUUAUUAGUGUUAUCUUAAAAUUGUGGCUGCAUGUAAGUUAAAGGGACCCUUUGCAUAUGGGAAAAGAAUUCAAGUUGUCGUCCUUUUAAAAAUUCUCUUUAGCAAACUUACUUUUGUGAGUUACCAAUCAGUUAAAUUAAUCUCUGUGUUAAUUUAAUGGGUAUUGUUUCGAAAUUUUGUAUCAUACUGUAUUCAUAGGUUUUAAAUUAUUUCGAAGAUUAAAAUUUUAUGUGAAUAAAGUUAUUAAAAUAAAAAAUUUAA